AUGUGGGCGCGAUACCUUUGCCGGGUUUGCAUUUCUGCGUUGUUUAUUCCCUAUAAUUUAGAUAAUGUAAUGCAAGAUGAAAUUGCGAUUUUCUCUUCGACUGCGAUUUAUAACAUUCCAUUGCCUCCUGAGAAAGUCACACCAGUUGAGGAUUUGCCCCCACAUCGCAAACGUUUUUCUCCUCCACCUCCGCCGCCUCCACCCAUUGACAACCCAACUGAUGUCUCUAACAAGUCAGAUCCUUCCAUUCUUUCUUUCCGAAUUAAGGCAGUGAGUAAGCGUUCUCGUCCUGGUACCCUGCGCACCGGAGUUUUGCCUACAAAGGCAAAGCACCCUGAAAUCGAAGCAAAAACGGAGCUUUUUAAACCCACUAAAGAGGAUGAACUUGAAAUUAUGGCCGAGCUUAAUAAUGAGAGUGUCGCCGAAUUGCAAAAUUCAGCCCAAACAUCUCUCACUGCGAUAUCAGAAGCGAUUCUUGCUCGUAUUAAUAAUGCUGCGCAAGGUGAACGACAGCUUUCGGCUGUACUUCGGGAGAUAAAUAAAGUGAAUGAGACUUCCAGUUCAACCACGGAUAAUAAGGUUUCUGAAUUGACCAUUGGGGCAUCGACGCAGCCAGAUUCAUCGGAAGAGCCUUCGAAAUCCCAACUUGCUGAUCCUCAAGCCGCUUCGACUGUCGACAAAGAAAAGUCCGAAAAUCCCAAGGUUCGAUCACGUUCCCGGUCGAGGACGAAUGUUAUGGACUUAUCAAAUCGUAGGAAGCGGCGUGCAUCUUCAGAAAAACGGAAAUCACGAUCGAAAAGUUUGAGACGAUCUCGAUCACCAAAGAAAUCGACAAAAAGGCGUAGGUCUAAAUCUCCUGAAAAGACUAGUAAGCGCUCUCGUUCACGUUCUCGAUCAGCUCGUCGCAGAUCGCGCUCUCGGUCCAGGUCUACCAGGCGCCGCUCACGGUCUCGAUCACUGCAUCGGAGCAGGGUGCGUUCUCCCGUCCGAAGACGCCGAUCUAGAUCGUCUAGAAGGCGAAAAUCACCAUUGUCUCCACGAAGACGCGAUAGGGAUUCCUCCCGCUCCAAAUACAAACGUAGUGAUGUAAAACGGUCCAGCGGUUCGUCUAAAAGACGAUCAUCCAAAUCUAGGAAGCGAGAGACUACCGUGAGAAUUACGAAGAAGGAGUCGGGCAAACUUCCUUCCGGCAAAAAGGACGAAAAACCACGAUCUAAGAAUAAUACAUCAACUAAGCAGAGUAAAUCAAAGACAAACGAUGCUGAAAAAUCCAAGUCUUCUGAACAGAAGAGUAAGAAGACCGCUAAGGCGACGCGCUCUUUAUCUUCUAAUAAGGAUGAACGGUCGAAAGGGGUAAAGUCCUCAUCAAAGUUGUUUGAGGCGUUUUCAACUGAAAGCCACUCGGAGGAUGGCGUAGUACAGUCCAAACGGCCCCAAAAGGAGGAGAAUGGAUCGGUUUUGGGUGAUCGUGUCGGUCCUCAUACACCUGAAUCCCCCUCCCAUGCAGUUCCUACCACGAAAGCUCCGACUGACGUGGUAACUCAAAAAUGUACAGCACUGUCAGAAAUGGUUUUGAACGAGGGGAGUGCGGCGCAACUGAGGCAUGAUGCCGGGACAGACAAGACUGAAAUGCAUCCCUCUUAUUCUUCAACUUCCUCAACCACUUGUCACACUCCUUCUUCUAGCACUUCUUCCUCUUCCUCUACGGUCUCAGACUGUACUGCCUCACCGAAAAAGUGCACCACUGGAAAGUUGGGUACGCGAAAGCGACUUACUUCUGCGGUCUACGAAUCCGAUGAUUCUUCCCCCAACGCACGCUAUCGGCUGAGACGUCGAAAGACUGUGCAUCAGGCUCGUGGGGAUGCUGGGACUCCGCUGCAGGAUUACUCAUGUUCAAAACCUUCACCAGAGGUGGCUGAAUUGCUUCGACCCUUCCAAGUGAAGCCAAUCGAACAUUUUGCACGGACUGCUGGUGUCCCAACUCCAGAUUAUAUACAUGUAUUGGAAAACGACUACGCCCUCUUGGAAGAUCGGUUACGCCGCGAGGGUAUCAACUUGGCCUCGGAGGUUCUUUCGCUUCAACGGCGGGGCGGUGGCGGUGAUUGGGUCUGCGACUGUGCUGUGCCUAGUGCAGACGAACUCCUGUCUGGAAAGCUAGCCUGUGGCCAGGGCUGUAUCAACCGUGCUGUCUACAUUGAGUGUGGCUCACGAUGUCCCGCUCACGCCGUCUGCUCGAAUCGCCAGUUUCAACUGCGUCUCUAUGCUUCCACAGAGCCGUUCUACUGUGGACCGGAGAAGGGUUGGGGCCUUAGAGCCCUGCAAACCAUUUCAAAAGGCACCUUCAUCGUGGAGUACGCUGGUGAGGUUAUUGAUUUCCCCGAGUUUCGACGUCGUAUCCGGCAAUAUGAGAAGGCGAAGCGAGUGCAUCACUACUUCAUGUCUCUCGGUCCAGACCACUUUAUCGACGCCGGUGCCAAGGGCAACUGGGCGCGCUUUGUCAACCACUCCUGCGAACCCAAUGCGGAGACCCAAAAGUGGAUGGUGAAUGGGCGGAUUAAGAUAGGCUUCUUCGCAAUUUGCGAUAUUCCGGCUGGUGAGGAAAUCACCAUCGAUUACCAGUUCGUCCAGUUUGGCGUGACGGAGCAGAAGUGUUACUGUGGUACGCCUUCUUGUUCCGGUAUUAUGGGAGCUACGAGCAAGCAAUUGCAGGAUAAAGUCCGUCUAAAGGACACCAGAGCGGUGGAACGUCGUAUUAUUCAACUGUUGACUGGAAAGACACUACAAACAGCAAUGGACGUGACCUUCCUCAUUCAAGUGAUGGUCCAGGAGUACCUCACCCGCUACACCCGCCUCGAGUUGUUAAAACUUCUUGUCCACACGGAGACGGAGAGUUAUUUGAAACUAUUUCGUCAAUACAACGGCCUGGAACUUCUCGCUUCCUACAUGUGCGAUACAGCUCCAACAGACUGGGAGCUGAAGCAUCAGAUACUCCUCUGUCUGGAUCACAUUCCAAUUACAGAACAGAAGCAAGUGCAGACGGAUUCGAGUCUGAUGGAGUUUGUGCGUCAAUGGACGAUGGAUCCACGGUACUGCCGAUCCCGUAACACUGAAACUGUAUCUUCUACAGAACCAAAGGCAUCAGCGGAUGACUCAAAAUGUCUGGACGAAUCACAGUUCGCAGAACUACCAAAGGAGAUUGAUGAGAUUAAUGAGCAACGGGAACAACAAAAACAGCAACCGGACGCGAACACUGUUAAAGUCUUUUCACCGGAGGAGGAGAAGGCCAUAAUUGAAGAUAUUCGUCAGCUGGCCGAACGCAUUCUUAGUCGGUGGUUGAAGCUUCCAGUGGAGACCUACCGAAUUCCACGUCUCGAGCGCGAAGAGACGGAGCAGUCGAUUCUACAAUCUUCGUGUUCUUCUCUCAUUUCAUGGGACGUUUCUUCCACUCAAGAUGGACGAAGGAACCAUCAAGAUUGUCAGAGCGAAGUCUCCGUAGAUCAGAAUUUGAGUCGGUUAGAGCGACGAGCUCAAUUUGAGGCGGCUGUUGCAGCUGCCGCUGCGACCAACCCUGCAACAACCACUGGCACCACCGAGAUCACAUCUUCAACCUGCUCCUCUUCAUCCUCCAAGGAUCUACGGAGCCUAUUGUUGAAGACCCUUUCUCGCCAGGCUUUUUCUUCUGAAAAACAAAGUGAAGGUUUUUGUGCUGCGUUACAACAGGCCACCUCUGAGAUUUCCGCCAAGAUUUGCGAGUUUAACGCGAAAAAUGAUACUAAUGGGCUGAUCGCCUACCUACAAAAGCUGGCCGGAGAAGAUCCCGAGACCAAACUCGAGUUCCCGUGGCGGUCUGCAGUGGAUUCAAAGUCAGGUCUUACCUACUACUACAACUCCGUGACGCGAGAAGUUCGAUGGGAUGCACCGGUCCCGAAGAAGGAACCUUCGGAGGAUCGAGUGAAAAAGCACUUCAUUGCAGAAAUCUAUGCGGUCAAUCUAAAAAUUCUGAAACCAUUCCGACUGCCAAACUGCAUCACUGGGCGCCUAGAGAGCGAUGAGGAUAUGAAAUACUUUGCUUUCGCCUUUGCGAAUCGGGAACUGGCUCGACGCAGAAGCGAUGAGAAGCCUCGAUUGAAUCGUCAGACUGUGGAUCGUCUUCGUCGUAAAAUUACUCGAUAUUUAACCUCCAAAGGGGAGGUUUACGUUCGUAGUAACAUGAGCUCCGUGAGUAAUCCCACUGCGGACGGCUGCGACAUGGAAAUAGACAGUGAGGACGAGGGCAAUAACAUUUAUGUUUGA